UAUUAUCUUACAACCUCGCAGACACGACUGCAACACCGAGUACCUCUUUGCUUGCACUGCAACCGGAAACUGAUAGGCUCUACCACAGCGACAAUGACCUACACAGCUCUAAUUUACAUUCUGGCCCUGAUUUUGGCUGGCAUUCUCCUGUUUGGCGCGGUUUACUUUGUAAUUAUGCUUACUGAUCUGGAAUGCGACUACAUCAACCCGAUUGACCUGGCCAACAACCUCAACACGUACGUUAUGCCGGAGAUGGGCACCCAGUUUGCGCUGUUCUUUGUCUUCCUGCUCAUCGGCGAAUGGAUUUCGAUGCUGCUGAACCUCCCACUAGUCGCCUGGAACGUGGUCAAGGUCGUCAACAACCGGCAAUUCUACGAUGCGACCGAAGUCGGGAAAACUUUGUCAAAGGUUGCGUUCUAUCUUUUGUGCUUCUUCUACUACCUGUACAGCAUGAUCAUGACCCUGGUCAACGAGUCGACCAACGAUUACCAGAAGGUUGCCCACUAA